UUAUUAUAGUGAUAAUAAAUUAAUGGGAUUGCUGGACUUGUCCGGUUUUACUAACCUCGAAGAAUUAAAUUGUUCGAAUAAUCACCUCGCAAGUUUAAAUUUAACUGAUUGUGUGCAAUUAAAAACGAUUAAGGCUGAAGAAAAUAACCUUGUUGGGUUAGAUUUAAGCCGAAAUGUUAAUUUAAAAGAAUUAGAUUGCAAAAAUAAUCGACUAACCAGUUUGGAUUUGCGG